AUGGAGCGCCAGAUGAAGGUAUGCGUCGUGGGAGCCGGAGGUUCCGGACUGCCCUGCAUUCAUUGGGCGAAGAUCUACGGCUUCGACGUCACGUGCUUCGAGGCGUCCGAGGAUAUUGGCGGGCUGUGGAGGUACAAGGACCACUCGACGAAUGAAUCCUCGGUGAUGAAGGGCACCGUCAUCAACACGAGCAAGGAGAUGACCGCCUACUCGGAUUAUCCCCCCGCGGCGGACAUCCCCAACUACAUGCACAACUCGAAGCUGAUGCAGUACUUCCGCGACUACGCCCGCGACUUCCACCUGAACCCUCAUAUUAAGCUGAAGCACAAGGUGCUCAACAUAGAGCGUACCGCGGAUUAUAGCAAGACUGGACAAUGGAAGGUUACGUACGAAAACCAAUUCGAAGCUCGGCACGAAGAGAUAUUCGAUGGAGUAUUGCUAUGCACCGGUCAUCAUGCUGACAACAACAUGCCAAAAUGGGAAGGGAUGGAGACGUUUCCCGGCAAGAUUCUGCACAGCCACGACUAUAAGAGCCCGGAUGGCUAUGGCGACAAAACGGCCGUCGUAAUUGGUGUGGGCAACUCGGGCGUCGACGUCGCCUGCGAGCUGGGCAGGGUGGCGAAACAGACGUAUCUGGUCAGUCGCCGAGGAGCCUGGAUUUUCAGCCGGAUGAAGGGAAAUGACAAGUGCUUCGACAUGGAGCUGAAUAAUCGCUUCAUCGCGCUGAAAUUCCUGAAGGUGGUCCCGAUGCGAAUCCUGGAAAAGAUGGUCGAGCACGACGUCGACAGCCGCUUUGAUCACGAGAAAUUCGGGCUCAAGCCGAAACAUCCGAUUUUUAGCGCACACCCAACCCUAUCCGACGAGCUGCCGAACCGUGUGAUGUCCGGAACAGUUAAGGUGAAACCCGGGAUCAAGAAAUUUCAAGGCAGCACCCUGUUUUUCGAGGACGGUACCGUGGCGGAAGACGUGGACGAGGUAAUUUGCUGCACCGGCUACUCGUUCCGAUUCCCGUUGCUAGAAAAGGGGAAUUUGGUUCCGAUUGAUAACAACAAUCACGGGGGAAUCUACAAGCUGAUGUUCCCGCUACAGACGGCCGACAAAAAUACCCUGUGCUUAAUCGGCUUGUGCCAGCCGUGGGGCAGCAUUAUGCCACUUUCCGAAAUGCAGGCGCGCGUAUUCUUCGCCCAGCUCCGCGGUGAUGUCAAGCUCCCAUCAAGGGAACUCCUCGAGCAGGACGCGGUGAUGCAAAAAGCGGCAAUGGCCAAGCGCUACGUGAACAGCCCUAGGCAUACGCUACAGGUGGACUUCGUACCGUAUAUGGAGGGCCUGGCCGAGCUGAUCGACUGCCAGCCGAAACCCUGGGAUUUCGCCACCACGGAUCCGAGGCUUUUCAAGGAGGUGUUUUUCGGGCCCAACGUCGCAUACGUCUAUCGACUUUCCGGGCCCUACCCUUGGCCCGGGGCACGCCAGGCCAUUUUGGACGUUCGCCAUCGUGUUGACCAGGGUAUCACCGCCGGACGGCCGCUGCGCAAGAAAUCGCUUCUAGAAGAGAUCUUCAACAAUUGGGUGCUCGUCUUCGGCCUCCUCUUCUUCGUCUACUACUUUUUCUUU